UUCUGUCCUCUCCUCUCCUCUCCUCCCUCCAUCCCGCGGACGAGUGUAUACAGCCUCUCAAGUUGAACCCAGGCGCACACACAUGCAUCACACGCACAGCAAGAGGAGGAUAGUCGGAGGAUAGACAGAGGGAGGAAGGAAAAGAAGGAGAGCGGACGGAGCUGCUGCCGGGCGAGCGGAAUUUGGAUUUUAUUUAAUACACGAGCCUUAAGUGGCAGAGUUUCUCUCGGCUUUUGUUGUUUCCAAACCGCCGAGGAAGUGGACUUUUUAAUUCGUCGGGGGAGUUCUUCGUCCACUCCGCCGGUCUGUUUAAACUUUGGAAGAAAGAAAAGUGAGAUAAAGGGAGAGACACUGAGGCUUCCUCAGCUUUCAGCUGUCCCGUUUGGAUAAAUAAAGCAGAGGAGCGCACCGGUGGAGAAAGCUCACCACGGGGGAAAACGGGUUCAUUCCACGGCUCUGUCUUGAAGGAGACACACCGCAGACUUUUUUUUUUUUUUAAAGGGGGGAGGAUUAAAAAAAAAGAAGCCAGCCUGCACCGGAAUUGCCCAUCGGGGGUUUCAUUUUUUUUUAUUACUGACUCAAGAAGGAUUUAUAGUUUACUCCAAACCUCAUCCGCGCGGUGUCUUAGGUCAAGCACAGCGGGAGCGCAGUUUGGUCAAAUUGAGAUUAUUGAUGGCACUGAUGCGGUGGUGAUCUGUCUGAGGGGAAAGAGAUAAAAAUAAAUAAGAGAUCCCCUUUUGUCCGUUUUGUGAACAGUCCCGGAGGUUUUUAAUCGACAGGAGGGAUGGAGACGGUGUGGAGAAGGGGAGGCGCGCUGGUGGGAUGUCGCCUCUGGAAGACAGUGCUUCUUCUUUCCCUGUGGAAAGUGUUUGACAGCCAAGCAGGAGCAGCAGGAGCUGGAACAGGAGGAGGGCUGGACUCGUCCCAGCCCCGUUUCUCCUCCUCCCUCCCCACCUACCUCCCCGCCCAGUGCCAACUAAGUGGUGCUGACUCCGCCUUCUUUCUGCGGGAAGCCAAUCAGGAGGUUAUGCGAAAUGGCAGCCUGUCAUCUCGGACUGAGCCCUUCUUCCUCCAACAGCUGGAACCAGCCAUCGCCGCCCCGCAGUCCCUGCCGAGCGUCAAUUGCAGCUACGGAAACCUGAGCAUUGAGCAGCCGAUACCAGUGGAGCUGCUUCAGGGUCCACCACCGCAUCUGCUAGUGACAACCAACCAGGUGACGCUGAACUGGAAGGUCAAAGGUCAAGUGGUGGUGCCCAAAGUGGGGUCAACACGGCCCUGGAUACAGGUGCUCUUUUAUCUGGUAGGGAGGCGUUGGGAUGAGCCUGACCCGCCUCCUCCAGCCCUCCUCCCAUGUGUCAGAGCCAUGGCCAUCCGUGACACCAGUGAAGCAGCACCCUCGGCGGGCUGCCGACUCGUGGGACCAUCUGGCAUCUGUGUUGUCCGUCUGGAGAUUCCCCCAGCUUGGUUUACACCGCCGCAAGUGAGAAAAAGACCUCCUGAAGUGACUCUGCCAUCAGUGGAUGUGUAUUACUCAAUCAUACCAGUGGAAGGGGCUGGUCAAGAGUGUCCCCCCAUUGUUAACGAGCCAUGGAGAGGUCAGAGCGCCAACAUCGGGCCUCUUGGAGGCCUGGGCUUGGGCCUCGGGCAGUGGAGCUCCCUAGUAGAUGGGGGUCUUCAGGACUUGCUGAAAGUUGGCUCUGUGGUAAUGACCAUGGGCCCAGUUUCUGCCAAAGGAGAAAAAUUGAGACUGGAUGAAAAUGUGGAGGUUCUGGUGCCACCCAGCCCUGUUCGGCUUGGCAAGACGGUAGCGUUUGGCAUCUACAUGAAGACUGGCUCGAACACGGAACAGUUUACAUUGAGGGUGUGGUUCCAGUCAGGCAUUAACUUCCUAGCUGUGAAACCCAGCAACCUCGUCGCGUGGGAGAUCAAACAGGAAAUGGCACCUGGAAGCAGUUCGUUGGCGGUGAUGUGUCAGAGAAGGGCCUCCUCCACAGCAGAGAGGUUGGAAAGUCCGUCAUAUGAGGUGAUGCAACUGGAGUUUGAGGUGGAUAACGUGAUCAACCUGGUGCCAACCCAGACUCUGCACUGGAACGUCGAGUACUCAGGUGGCAUGCAGACAACUUCCAGGCAAACAGAGAAAGUCUCGCACCUCUACAUCAGCAAUGCCGACAUACAGGGAAUCGUACCGCUGGCUGAGGACACAGAGGUGGUGAACACAGCCAUUCUCACAGGGCGUCGCGUCGCAGUGCCCAUCAAGCUGGUCACCGUGGAAACAGACGGGCAGGUGAGGGAGGUGGACGACUCGGUCACCUGCAGCUCGACGGACGUGGACGUGGUCAAGGUCUCCCCAAACUGUGACCAGGUUUUGGUGAAUGGUAAAGAAAUGCGUGGCCGGCAGUCUUUGGCGGUCAACUUCACCUACCUGCACCUCUCUGCCCAGCUGCAGCUCACCGUCUGGGUGCCCAAGCUCCCUCUGCAGAUAGACGUGUCAGAUACUGAGCUGAGCCAGGUUAAAGGCUGGAGGGUACCGAUCGUCACUAACAAGAGACCUACCAGAGACAGUGAAGAUGAUGAGGAUGAUGAGAGGAAGGGCAAAGGCUGCACCCUGCAGUACCAGUAUGCCCUGGUGCGGGUCCUCACCCAUUUUGUCGCAGAACCCUCUGACCCAGGAGGAGAGAUGGUCCACAUGUUGGGCGCGGACUGGCAAGCUGAUAUCACUCAUUUGGUCUUGGACCAGCUGAAGGUAGAAGAUCCUCGCAUUGCCAGACUGAUAGACGGGAGAAUCUUGAUCGGACGGGACCUGGGGAUCACUACAAUACAGGUUCUGUCUCCGCUGUCUGACUCUAUCCUGGCAGAGAAGACUGUGACUGUGUUGGAUGACAAGGUCACUAUCACUGACCUGGGAGUCCAGCUGGUUGCAUCUCUGACCCUCAGUAUGACAGCGAGUCCUGCAAAUAACCAGGCUAUUCAGCUAACGACUACAGCUACAGACCUGCUACACACACCUAAACAGGAAGCAGCAAUCAGUGCCUGGAUCCAGUACAGUGAUGGUUCAGUGACACCACUUGAUGUCUAUGACCCCAAGGACUUCCUUCUCUCGGCUGUGUCAUUGGAUGAGAGUGUCAUCUCCAUAACCAAUCAGGAGCAACACUGGCCUAUUGUAGUGGCAGAGGGUGAUGGACAGGGACCACUGGUCCGUGUAGAGAUGGUCAUCUCUGAGACCUGCCAAAAAUCCAAAAGGAAGAGCGUGCUGGCAUCUGGAGUUGGCAAUGUGAUAGUGAAGUUUGGAGCAAAGAGUGAUGAAAGAGGUGUGAUGGGAAGAGGUGGACAGGACGACGGGAUGGACAACAGCACCAGUGAGCACCAAACAAAGGAUGGAGGAGAUUGGAAGUCCAACAGUGCAGCAGUGGAUCGAGAAGAAGGAGCCAUGAGAAAGGUUAGCACAACGACCAAGAGCACAGUAACCCAUCGUGCUUCAGGUGGCAAAGCUACCAGUGGAGGCAGCAGCAGCAGCCGGGGAGGAGGACCCAGCCAAGCAGGGGACUACAGUAGCUACCCAGCACAAGUGGAGGUUCCAGGCACUGGAGACAGUGAGCUGACUCAGACCACAAGAGGACUAUCGGAUCUGGAGAUUGGAAUGUAUGCCCUUUUGGGUGUAUUCUGUCUGGCAAUACUGGUCUUCCUCAUCAACUGUGUCAGCUUUGCUUUCAGAUACCGUCACAAGCAAGUCCCUGUGCUGGAAGCAGGAGGCAACAUGAACCACGCCCAUGACUGGGUGUGGCUUGGCAAUGAGGCAGACCUUUUAGCUGACCAUACUGACCAAUGCCAGGGCGGGCUGCCUGACGAGUGCACCACCAUCAUCGACCGAAAUGAAGGGGGAUACGAGGAGAACAAGUACCUGCUGAACGGGGCUGGUAACACCUUGGUGAUGGGUGUGGGUACGGGCAUGGGUACGAUUAGUGGGAGUGGUGGCACAAGUGGACAUCGGGGCAUCACCCACGGACAAACCUUGCCCAGAUCUGUUCCAGAACCGCAUCAGUGCCUUUCAGCAAUCACUACUGGUGGUAAAAACGCCACUGGCCAAGCGGAGCAUCUGAAUAAUUCCCCCCGAGCCACGGCUGCAGCUGCAGUUGCAGCUGCCAAACGCAAGCGUGUUCAGUUCACGUCUUUCGCCACCGUCCUGCCCAAUGAUAAUUCAGGCGGGGGUGGCCAAUACGCCAACUCUUCAGUCGUGGUGACCAAUGGGAGCGAGGAUGACAUCAAGUGGGUGUGCCAGGAUAUGGACCUGGGUCAGUCUGAAAUCAGAACCUACAUGGAGAGGCUACAAGACAAUCUGUGACUGAUAGGAAAGAGACUGAGAAAUGGAGGGGCAGAGGACGAGCGCAGGAGGGGGAGGAUGGACAAUGAGUACAAUUCACCUGUAAUGCCUUUGCAAUGGAUGAAGGGAGGGAGAACAGGAGGAAUAUGAAAACAGUGAAGAGAACACAAAGUGUGGCCAAGAGCUGAGAAGAUUAUUGAACAGACAGUUUAGGGGAUGUAAGAUUCAGCUCCCCUUAGGCUAUGAAAAGCAUACUGUCAUCACUAGCUCACACUGAAAUCAAUGGUAGCAAACAAUAAAUAACAUUAUGAGUUUCUUUUAUAUUAUUUAUUGUGAAAAUAUUAGUGUACAAUUCAAUAAUAAAGUCACUAUUGGUUAUGAAUGUUUAUUUUCAGAAUACCAGUGAACCAUUGUGCUAUACAGUAAAUUCAGGGUAUGUUAUUGGACAAACAUUAUCAAGCCACUAUACAUUUAAACGAGGAUGGCAAGAACAUCAAUUCUGAGGUAUUUUUUACUCACACGGUGUUUUGCCAGCAUUGGCUGUAGCUGUUGAUUGAUUAUUGAUAGAUCUAGUUUUAAUAUUUACCUGCCAAGUCUGCUGAGUGGUUAUUUAAUGAUUUUGAUUACCGAAGAAAAGGUACGCAUCAAAGAUACAAUCUGUUUGUUUUUGUUCUAUCAUGUGACGGAUUUGCUUUCGGCAUUGCUCAUAAGUGAAAUGUAACAUGUAAAAAAUAUAUAUAUUCCAAGUACUCAACUAUAAAUUCAGGCACCAGUGGGAGCUGCCAUUCAGCACUGAAUACAGGCGAUCUUGCUCUUUCCUCAAACUACAGAAUGUGUCAGGAGUUGGAAAAAUGACAAACAAAAGACUGUUUCUCCCUUGGAUCCAAGACAGAGGCAUUUAAACUUGCACAAUUCCAAACAGGAAAGGGACAUUAGCCAUAUUUGAGGCUUACUUCCUGUUUUGUGAAACCUUCAAGCCAAUGAUGGCUUUCUCCCUGUAACCAAUCCCAUCAUCCCCUGGCCCCUCUCCUUGUCUGUGAUUGGACAGCAGUAGAGACUUUCUGAACUUAAAGUACACAGUGAAAUACUGUGAAAUACUGUCUGUACACUAAAAGGGGACUGACUAAGGUGUCUCGUAUAAAAAGGAGGCUGCUUGGGCUUUGCAAAGCCCGACCGAACACUUAAUAAUGAGGAUUAUUUAAAACAGAAACCACGUAGGCAACAAGACAGAGCAGAGUACCUGCGGUGUUAAACAUGGAGCUAACAGGAUAUACUGAAUGACAUUACAAUACAAAUGAAAAUGAAGCGACACUCUUGAAUAUCUCACGAAUAUGGGUUCAUGAAACAUGUUUGUUUUGCUGAACAUAAUUAUGUAUAUUUUUCUCCCCUUUUGUUUGUCUUUUUUGAUAAAUAGAAUGUUUUUAUUAUGUUUUUUCCUUGUUACACUUUUCCCCUGAUUUGGGAAGAUAUUAAUUGUAGCUUUUUAUUUCAAAGAUUUAUUAAGAUUUUAAGGAAUAUAUGAUUCUUUUUUCUCCUAGAGAUUUAUUUAUUUAAAUUAACAUUUGAGAGGGUGAGGAUGGAAAGAAAGGCCAAGGGCAAAGACAGAAAAGAGAGGACCUGCUGGUGAAUGAUAGCACAUAUGAGAACAAGUGAAAGGAAGGAGACAGGACAGGCAGAGGUUGCCUCACCUUCGUUAAGCUCAGGUGACGAGUCAUGAAGAACUGACAAUAAAAAAAGGAGAACUGUAAGAUUGUUAAGAUUGCAAUAUUUAUUUAUAAAUGUGUUACUGUUUCAGAGUACACUGUAUGUUGUAGAUAAAUAAACAUGCUUCAAAGUGCUUGUGAAUAAGAUUGCAGGUCACUAGCCAACAACAUGGUGAUAUUUUGUACAUUUUACAGUGCAAAUAUGGUACACAACUACUAUCUACCACCACAAUGUGAAAGUGAUCUUAUUGGUUCUUUUUCUAAAGAUGUUCCUGUCUUUGUUUAAAGUAUUGAAUGAGUUCUUGUCUUUGUACAGGGUAGGAAUCAGUUUACCUCCAGAAUGAGAUGUAAAAACUGGAGAUAAUCCAUCAUGAAUCACUCAAAAAAAUUCUUGAGGAUGGUGAGUCCAAGAGAUCCAUGUCAGAGGGAGAACCAAACCAAAUGUUAGGAUGUUUGGCUAGUCCAAAAGAAAACAUCUACUGGAUUACUAUGGAUUUAAACAACUCAAUUUUCAAUCAUUUGUUUGGCAAGAUACAUACUAAAAAUGCACAUGAAAUCACAAUGGCCGAAUCAUUAGGUCUGAAACAGAGUGGACACAGGACUGAAGGGAAGGUAGCUUAUAUGGACACAGAUAAGAGACCUGGGCUGACUCCACAUGGGGGAACUACAUGGGCUGCACAGCCUCCACCAAAGCAAUAGAUAUUUUGACUGAUGAUGGCGACUAUACUGUAUGCUCUGGACUCAUACACAUUGCUGUAUCUCGCCUGCUCUAACGUAGCUACAAGAGUGAUGUGAUUGAACGGAUCAUUCGAAGAGGUACAAGUUCUUAAGGUAGAAGUGUAGCAAUGCUCUCAGAUGAAAAACCUUUUAACUUUUAACUAGAACUGUGAGUUUAAUCAACAGCCUGUGACACCCAAUCUACCUGUUGUAUAAUUUUAAAACUGUAUGGAUGUCAACUGAAAAAAAUACAAGGCUCUUUUUGAUUAUUUUGAGGGCAUUCCAGCUUUUUUGAUAGCAGAGAAAGACAAAUCUUCUGUAUGUAGCCACUGUGGAAGGACAACCAUUUACUGCAUGCUUACUAAACUACUGCUACUUAAGCACAGUUCUCCAGAGGAAUUGUUUUAACAGCGUAAAGGUUUGGAUCUUUGUCAUCUUUGCAGCUGUCAGAAGUUACACAGAAAGGCCACAAUAGUUGGCCGCAAGUGGAGUACAAUUUAGUGUUAACUCAUGCUGAUUUGGUUUUCCCAAUAACAUUCAACCGAGAAUAUUUGACACAGACAAUUGUAAGUGCAUAAACAAGAGCACUUUUUUCCACAUUCCUCUGGUUCACAUGCUGUUUUGCUGGUAUACAGGGAAAUGGAUCCAGCUCCUACAGAAUUAUGUGCAUAUUUAACCAAUUUGUAACGGCAGUUUUUAACCAUUGCAGGUGGUAAAGUGAUGUUUAUGCAGACUGUUUCAGUAUUCAACAUAAUGCUACACCAACCCAUUCACCAGAAAAAUACUGGCAUUGUACAUCUCUGCAAACCAUGGAUACAUUACAUUUUGUCGCUGUCCAAUGAAAAACCCGUAUCUCGAGAUACGUGUUGAAUAGAUGAUGUCUUUCCAUUGGUCAUUUGGAUACCCAACACUAACGGUUGCUAGGGAAUAUUAUGGACACUCCAUGCACUGAAGAAAGUCAAAAUCGUCAAAAGUGGAGAUACGUGUUUUAUUAUGAAGUGAAUAUGUUGAAACUACAUCUUUUUUUAUGUUUCAACAAUGCUGUGGUCCACAUGUGGUUAUGUUUUGGCCCAAAAGUCACUUGAUUAUGGUUCGUUUGCUUAAAAUACCCAGUUUUGGUGCCACAAUCAUAUUAUGUUUUUGUUUUUUUGUUUUUUUCAUUUCAGGCAAAUAAUAAUACACAAAGCACAGAUCACAUCAUGACAUGACAAUAUGGUCUCACAAAGAGAAACAAAACAAAAAUUAGGCUUACACAGUCCAAGGUGGAUAAAAGAAAAGACAUAUAAAAGUUAGUAGGAUCAAAUCAGUAAUUCAAAUGAUUAAAUUAAUAGUGCUAUUAAAACAAUAAUUAAUCAAGUUUAUAUGACAGGUAGAGUGUAAUUAUAAUUCUUUUCACAAGAGCAAAUUUUCUCCCAUUUCAUGUUAUGUUGUGCUGCUUUGCAACAGUUUGUACCGAUAAUUUUUCCAUAAGAAAUUGACAUUGCACUAUAUUUUUAAGUAAACUUAAAUUCAGUUUUUUUCUUGAUUGAGCUUUAAUUAAAAAUAUUUUACCCAACAGAAUAAUUAUAUUAUCUGGGGAGGGUUUUCAUCCAGGACCCCCAACAAAAUAUGUAAAGGUAGAAAAACAAAUGUAACUGGUCUCCCUCUUCCCCACUGCAGAAUCUACAUAGACUGUAGACAAACGAUAUUAUUUGCUGGUCUUAAAAAGUCUGCAGUGGUUUGCAGCUUUGCAGCCAUCUCGUCUAGAUGUCACACCAUCCACCAUCCCCUCCACAUGCCAUUACAAAGUCAGCUCAUAUACAUAUAAUCAGAACUAUGUCACUUUAGAAACCUUGAUAUAAUACGUAUGAGAUGUACACAUGUAAAGUAUCUGUGGUUUGCAGUACAAUGACAGCAUUUUCUUCUGCUACCUGGGCUACCUACACAGGAAUAUUACAUUUCAUCAAAAGCUUAUGUUACUAAUACAAAACAAUUUCACAGGAACAUAAGUCUAACAAGGUUGUUAAACAGAUCUGGAUGCCUUUGAACUGGAGGAUUCAGUUGUUCUAUAUGUUGUCACUCAGAAUUGUUAUAUGCACUUGUUAGGCUUUGUGUCUACAGCGGAUCUGUGUAUAUGGUACUGCCUUACUUUUCUGAGAGGACAAUUUUACAUUAUUAGCCACUGUAGACGUCCCGUCUUGAACCCUAUCUUGCAAUAACACUCAAGUGAAGUGAAUAUGCUACCUUAGAACCACAUUAGUUCUGCAUAUAGUAACAUGCAUCCCUCAACCCACUUGUUUUCAGACCAAUGCAAGUAACUUCUAAAUGUGGAAAUAAAGAACACAUUGUCUUAACAGUUCCUCUUGAAUGAAGUCUGUGCACAGCAGUAGUUCAGCAAGCAAGCAAGCAAGCAGUACUGGGACCUCUACAGUGGCUGUCUGUGCUGAAAAAAUCAAACCACUAAAAAAUACACAUUCUCAAAAGAGCUGAGUUCAGUUGUUGCAUAGUUACAGUGGGAGGUAGACAUGGGCAUCAGUUGAGGGUGCUACAGAUAGAUGAGGUGACAGUGGACAUGAGCCCUAAAGGUCUUCUGUUUGAUUUGUUUUCUUUUUGCUGUUGUCAUUGUUUAAACAUGGUUCAUGGAGGCCAAUA